CGCCAGGCCGGUUGAGAUUUGCUUAGACACUUCGCAUCUCAUGGGGCGCCAAUGACGGGGCUGCCCAAUCUUAUGCCACCCCCUGACUGAACUCAAGCCGGAUUCCUGGCUAGGGUUGUUGGGCUGCUCUACGUCGUUUGCAACUGCCGCCGUUGGAGUCGAAUACUGAGCUACCAGGUAGGUUUCCACCAGUUGAACCUGCUUGACGGCUGGACUGGGACUUCGUCCAAUGGGGGGCUAGCGACCCAUAAAGUCUCGCGCUUGAGAGGUGAAGAAUUGACCGCCAGCACCAGCGUGGCGAUCCAUUGCAAAUUGUGACCUCCAUUCAUUAAUUCCUAUCCUCCACUGCUUGAUUUCUUCUUUUUUUUUUUUUUUUUUACCACCUAUUGAACCCUAUAGCUACCUCUAGGUAUGGAUCUGGGGAUUUGACCUGCCUGACGUUUCAUUUUUUCUUUUUUCUUUGAACAGCUCCUAGACUGCUCCUUUCAGACCAACGACUAGUUCUGGCAUUUGAUGGCGUGGUACCUGCACCUCCCUGUCAAUUUUGCAUCAUCUCACUGUCGCGCACCACCAAAGACGGCCGCCAGCCAGCACCAUCGGAUCUUGAGUUGGACCAAACCGACCGAUAGAUAUCAACCUAUCCCCUGGAAUUGUUCAGAAGCAUCAUUCAUUCAGACUGCUCUAACCCAGCCCCAUCUGCACAUCUGUCGGCAAUCUGAUCCUGAGAAUCACGGUUUCCCAUUGCCGUCACGCCGUGGAGGCGAGACAGAAUCCCAUGACAGGGGAACAAGAGGAGGGCGUUACUGCUGCUGCGGCGGCUGGCGGCGACCACCAUGUCGGCAGCCCCGACCCCGGCGACAUGCUGCCCGACGGCCACCAGAUUCAUCGCCCCCGCCAGGACGGGCGGCGGAUACUGCUGGCUAUCUACGUCCACGGUUACAUGGGCAAGGACAGCUCGUUCCGCUCGUUCCCAGCGCACGUGCACGACCUGCUCAAGUUCUCGCUGAGCUCGCACGCCAUCCACACAAAGAUCUACCCGCGAUACAAGACGUACAGGUACAUUGAUGUCGCGGCGGAGAACUUUAGCCGAUGGCUCGAGCCCCACGAGUCGCCCGACACGGACGUCGUCCUCAUCGGCCACUCAAUGGGCGGCCUUCUCGCCGCCGACGUGGUCCUUCUCAAGCCCAGGGAGGGUGUCACCCCCGCCCACCCAGGCAGCCCGUUCAGGCACCGCAUCCUGGGCAUCAUCGCGCUCGACUCGCCCUUCCUGGGCCUGCACCCGGGCAUCAUCGCCGCGGGCAUAGCCAGCCUGUUCCGCAGCAAGGCGCAGCCUCCAAAGGAAGAGGACGGCGGCAGCCUGAGCCCGACCAGCACACACAGCCCCCGCUUCCCGCCGCUCAGCCCGGGCAUGGACCCGGCUGGCAGGCUUUCGACCGACGUGUACAGCGACCUCGCGGCCGCGGCGGCUAGGGGCUCGCUGGACCUGAGCCGGGGCUCGCUGGACAUAUCGCCCCUGGGGAGCCCCGACGGCUCGUCGGCGGCGCUGUCGUACUUCCCGUCGACCUCGUCCCUCGGGCAGCAGCAAAACGGGGGCCCGCCGGACCCGCACUACAACCCGCCGUUCUGGAACGACGUCAUGUUCAAGGACAGGGGGUGGAUGCGCAACAUGUGGCACUUUGCAAAGAAGCGCAAGAUCGAGGGGUCGAGCCUGAUAGAGGCGGCCACCAACCACCUCGUCUGCCACAUGCAGUACGGCAAGUCCCUCACCGACUUCCGCGGCCUGCACGAGCGCUACGAGUCGGUCCGGCGCCUCGAGGACGUGGACGAGAUUGGAGGCCAGCAGGCACCGCUGGGCCAGGGCGGAGGCGGCAGAGACAAGGCGCGCGUCCGCUUCGUCAACUACUUCACGAUAUCUACGGGAAGGGACAAGACGCCCGACCGGGGCCGGUCGCCCUCGCGCCUCGACACGUCGGGCGCCGGGGUUCCGGGCUACACCGUGGGGGUCGGCGGCGUCGCCACGCGCUCGCCCUCUGCGUCCAUCGGGCCAUCCUCGCCCCUACGUGAGGUCUCGCCGCGGCCCAUGCCCGAAUCCCACCCGGCCUCGCCAUCGCUCCCGCGGCAGCCGUCCGGGCUUCAUCUGCACCCGGACGACGGCAGGGGCGACGGGACGGACACGCCGAGGAUAUCGAUCGAGGAUCAUAGUAAUCUUGGACGACCUAAACUCGUGGAGGUCGUUGGCCCAAUCAGCGAGCAGGAGCAGGAGAAAGAGAAGGGGAGCGCGCCUGAGCCUGCGGCUGCGGCUGCCUCCUUUACCACGGACGCCAAGGAUCCCGAGCCAGAAACAGAGACCAAAGGCGAUGCUGCUGCUGCCGGGGGCGAUGACGGCGGGAUAUCUACAGCCACCGAGGGAUUGAACAAGCUGGAGCUCGGGCUGGAGACGGGCCUGGACCUGAUCCCGGAGCGGCCAGAGGAGCCGCAGCCGCCGGUGCUGGCGGCGGACGCGAGCGCCGAGGAGCGCAAAAGGGCGGACAAGGAGCACAUGCGGGCGCGCAAGGCCUACCUGGAAGCGAUAAAGGCGCGCGAGAAGGCCAUCAAGGAGCGGCAGAAGGCGAUCGAGAAGAGGCGGGCCAGGAUGGAGAAGGAGGAGGCCAAGAAGGAAAAGGAGGAGAAGAAGAGGCAACAGACGGAGGAGAAACGGCGCGAGAAGGAGGAGCAGAGGCAGGAAAAGGAGCGGCUCAAGAGGGAGAAAGACGAAGCCAAGAGGCUAGCGGACGAGGGGAAGAGGAUGGAGGAGGAGGCGAAGCGGCUCGCGCAGGGGACGCAGGGGCAGCAGCAGAGCGAGGGGGAUCAGACGGAUGCUGUCGAAGGGAGCGAGAGAGGCAGUGGCAGUGGGAGCAGCGACUCGGUCGACCGUCAGGCGGACCUCGCGAAGCAUGACACUGCGCUGCGGCAGGCGGCGGAGGGCGUCGUGACCGGGAGCAGCGCCGCCGCCGCCCCCUCUGGCCAGGCGGAGGAGCAGCAGCAGCAGCAGCAGCAGCAGCAGCAGCAGCAGCAGCAGCAGGCCGAGGACGCCAAGCCGCCGCCAGCCGAGGAGGGCGGCGGCGCGCCCAAGAAGAGCAAGAAGCCGCGCAAGUUCUGCACGCUCCCCAAGAAGCCUGCGGGCGGCGGGCGGGACAGCCAGUGGGUCGAGGUGUUUAUGGAGGGCGUGGACGAGAUCGGGGCGCACACGGGCCUGUUCCUGCCGGGCCCGCACUACGAGCGGCUGGUCGGGGACGUGGGGAUGCGCAUCGUGGGGUGGGCGCAGGACGACGCCACCAAGAGGGCGAUACUGGAGGCGUCUUGAUUGUUUCCGAUUGCGCCUGUCCAGGAGCGGAUGGUGGUAUGUUUCUCUAUCCAAGUACCUAGUAGCUUAUACCCUACAAUACAGCCUGACAAGGUAAAGUACAUGCUUGUGGCUACCGAGAUCGGAGAUCAGGUUUUUCUUCCCAAUAAUCGACACGGGCUAUUCUACGAGUAGACAGGGGACGAGACUGAGCACAAUUCUUUCGAGACAUGGUGGAUUGGUUGGCCUUUGCCAUUCAUGAAGUUGCUUUUUGGACCACGGAAUCGACU